UAGAGAUGGGUGACUUGUGAUGAGGGCGAAGGUUCAUUUUUGUGAAAAUUUCUGGACAGCCAUUGCAAGCUAACCUUAAAAAUAUCGAAGAAUUUUCAAAAUUGAGUGGAAAAGAUGCCGAGGCGGCACCUGCACCCGGAGGUAGCAUCUAAUCAAAAUAGUUGUUCGUUAUGUCUGAAGUACGAACAUCAGUGCAAGGACCAGAAGCUGCUCGACAUCACGGAAAUUGUAGAUGGAGACAAGUCUUGUUUGGACAAAAUUCAGGAACUGAUGCAUGUAGAGGUGGGUGAAUUUGUCUUUGCUUUUUAGCCAGCUCUAGUCUUGUUUUGCAACCAAGGUCCAAGAAAUAAUAGAUGAUAAUGAACCCAAGGGUUAAUAUGUUUACAUAUUCGGGAUGAAAAUAUUACUAAUCAUAUCUUUGGGGACUCAAGACAAUCCGAGUGAACUAUACUUUUGCUUUUUAAACUAUAGAUGCUACUGAUUAUUAAGAUGCAAAAGAGUAAAACUGAAAAUAUGCGCCAGAACUUCAGAGUAGAGAUGAUCGUCUUAAAUGUGCUUUUUGCGUUCUAAUUUUGCCUACAUAAUACUUUCAUCUGCAUUAGUAGAAAGUUAUUGAUACAAUGUAGGUAGAUGUUGAUAAACUUUCUGGGUAGCCAUAUGUAUGCUAUUAUGGGGCCCUCACAGCAGUUGUGUCAUUUUCACUUACUCAUUUAGAUUGUUCUCGGCUACCAAACAAUAUGUGUCACUUGUGAAUCCGAAAUAAACGAAGCUUACCAGCUGCGCGGCAAGAUCCUAGACGCAAUCGCAUUCUGGAAAAAGCAUUUUGGCUAUGAAGAAGCGUCCGAGUCGAAUACCUCAACAGAUGCGCAAACUUGUAUUGCACCUACACAAAAGGUGGAAUGCGAUGAUAGUGUUACCACUAUACCAAGAACAGAAAAAAUUGAGGUUGAAGAAGAAAGUGAUGAUAAUGUUACAGCAGUUGAGAGUUAUCAGGAUGACUUUGAUAGUGAUGAUGAGCCCCUACACUGUAAAAAAGCUCGGUUACUUAAGGACUCAAAUUCAAACGAAACCUCACCAGAUAUGAAAUUUAAAAUAAAAAAGGACCCAGAUACAAAGAAAGAACCAAAAAGUGAAAUAGCAGAUGAUGUGCUAGACCUCACUGAUGGAACUAUUACCUUGAUAUCUGAAGCAUCUAUCAAAAGAAUUCCUGGAGCUACAAUUAAAAAAAUCAGUGAUGUAAAGAAAGAGGAGGAAAAAGAAAAUACUGACUCAAAGAAGUUGAACCUGUUUUGUGGUAGAUGUACCUACUACUAUGCUGAUCUAUCAGAGAUUACGACACACAUUUGUGUUGAAAUUCCGACAAGUAACCAAAAGAAGAAACAACAGCCUACUAAGUCACAGCCUUCCCGAAGGGAACCUAAGCCAAUAGCCUGCUUUGGUUGUGCCGCUUGUGGCAAGGUAUUCAAAAGAAAAAUCGAUUUGAACAGGCACAAAAAGGAGGAACAUGCAGUGGAGAAACCAAGGCAGGUCUGCAACAUUUGUGAUAAAUCUUUCAAAAAUGCGACAUUGUUAAGGGAACAUUAUUCGGUGCAUACUGGAGAACAAAACUAUUGCUGUGAUGUCUGUGGAAAAACGUUCCAAAGGCUGUCGUCGAGGUCUCGGCACAUGCGCAAACACACUACGGAUGAACGCAGUCGGAAAACUCCGUUCCUUUGCACGAUUUGCGGAAAAUUGUUUCCCUAUUCGAACACCAUGUCCAGGCAUAUGAUGUCGCAUGCUGGGGUCAAGAGGUUCACGUGUAAAAUUUGUAAUAAGAAGUUUAAUCAAAUGGCGCAUCUUAGGGUUCACAUGAGAACACACACUGGCGAAAAGCCAUAUACGUGUAGUUAUUGCUAUCAGGCAUUCUCUCUGAAUGCUUCUAUGAGGAAACACGUGCUUGCUAAACAUAAAAGAGACGUCUUCCGGAAACAGGCAAGCAAGAGGACUUUAGGGCAUUACAAAACGGAAGAAGAAAUUGAAGCAGAACAAGAGCAACAAAUCCAAUAUUUGUAUGAGGAUGACGAGAAAAUGCUUGUUGAAAGGCUCGAAUGAUCGUGCUAAUGAAAAUAAGAUUUGAUUUUAUUAAUAUAUGUGGUUAUACACAUCAAAUGUUCAACAUAGGAAUUAAUGUUCAAGCUGUUUUAGCCAAACUGGUGUUAAAACCAUGAGACAUCAGUGUAUUUUCAAUGAACUUAAUGUAUGUAUGCUAAACGUAAAAUUUAAAUACCCUGUACAUUUUCGCGCAAAAGCUUCAUUGAAAAGGAUCAUGAGAUGUCAUCUUGAAUAUAAUGUCUACACUGUCAUUUUAUUCAUAUGUAUAUUUGGGUAUCACAAGCUUAUCAAUAUAUCUUUUAAUUAAGACUGUUAUAGUCGUAAUAAGAUUGGAAAAAUGCUAAGCUCUUUUUAUUGAAUAAAGUACACUUUUG